GCUGGUGUUCGGGAUGCUGUAUCCUGCGUAUUAUUCAUACAAAGCUGUGAAGACAAAAAAUGUGAAGGAAUAUGUUCGCUGGAUGAUGUAUUGGAUUGUGUUUGCUCUUUAUACAGUUACUGAAACAAUAACUGACCUAACAGUCUCUUGGUUUCCACUGUACUACGAACUGAAGAUAGCUUUUGUUAUUUGGCUCCUUUCCCCAUAUACUAGAGGGGCAAGUUUAAUCUACAGAAAAUUCCUUCACCCGCUUCUUUCUUCUAAAGAAAGGGAGAUUGAUGACUACAUCGUACAGGCCAAAGAAAGAGGCUAUGAGACCAUGGUGAAUUUUGGAAGGCAAGGGUUGAAUUUGGCAGCAACUGCUGCAGUGACAGCAGCUGUAAAGAGUCAAGGUGCAAUAACUGAGAAACUGAGAAGUUUCAGUAUGCAUGAUUUGACUACUAUACAAGGAGAUGAGCCAGUAGGACAGAGACCCUAUCAGACAUUACCAGAAGCAAAAAAGAAAACCAGAGCAAAUGAACCUUCAGGUUACAAAGCGCCACUGGAAAAAAGUCCUGGGGAUGAUAAAACAGAUGAAGAGAUGGAGGGGGCACAUUCAGAGGAUGAAAUGGUUGCUCAGAGAGGCCUUCGAAGAACUCAAAGCAUGAAAUCUGUGAAAAGUAUUAAAGGCCGUAAAGAGAUACGGUAUGGAUCACUGAAAUACAGAGUAAAGAAGAGACCCGCUGUAUACUUCUAAGUGUAUUGCACAAAGCCUGCAAGACAAACUGCUGUAUUAUAAUAACUUGAAUUCAGUGUCAAUUGUUAAAAGACCUGUGUAUGAUUCAUAAAAUGAGUAUGUAUGAAUAGCUGCGGUAGGACUUGGUUUUAUGAACCUAAAUGGCUGGAUAAAGUAUUACUCUGCUUUUCUGUAAUUGCUUCUUGUUUAGACUUCAACCUGGACAAGCUAUAGUAUGAAUUUCAGCACUCCUUAAAUAGGAGUUAAAUGAGGAAUAGGAAAGUUUUUCCAGAGGUACUGAACAGACUGAAAUAAUUACAACUCCAAUUGAAUUAGCAGAAGUUGUAAGUAUUUGGCACUUGUGAAAAUCAAACCCAUAGUGUCCCUAAGUUUACAUGGAAAGAUAAUUAUACUUGAAAUAUUUUUCUGAACUACAAUUCCUGUAAAGACCUUUGUGUAAUUUAAAAAUGUGCAGUUUAAAGGAUAGUGGAUGAUGGUGGGGAAGGAAAAGGAAAGACUUGGUAGGUAGGGUACAUCCUUAAGAACAUCAUCUUGCAUCAUAUUGCCAAGCUUAACGAACUUAUAUAAUACUAAUAGGUGCAAACUGGGGGUACAUUUAGCACUUUAUGCAAAACUAUAGUUUUGCACACUUACUGAUUUACAGCUGCACAUGUCAUUUUAGUGACUUCUUAGGUAGGUUAGAAUUAUCUUUUGAAUGCCAGCAAUCUUUGAUUGCUUAAGUACGCUUAGGAUGCUGUAGAUAAUUGCUACUAACACUUAACAAUAUUAUCAGGUGCCUUUCUAUGUGUUACAAGGCUGUGUGGCAUUUUUUUUAUCUGUGUGGGUUGGGGUUUUGUUUUCUUUUGUUGUCAUUUUGUUUGUGUCUGUCUUCUUCCUUCAUCUAGAGAGAUGUAACAUAGUUUAAGUCAGUUUUUGGUUAAAAUUGUGGUAAAUGAAACUUGUAGCAAUACCAGUGAUAGACCUCAGGGAUCUGAUCAGCCCAUCAGCUGUGUGUUAGAAGUCAUGCUGACAUGAAGGCAUGUAUGAUUUCAGGCCCUGGUUUGGUUUUGCUCUGCAGUGCUUUAAGAAUGAAUAUAUAUAUAUAUAUUUGAAAAUGUAUGUUUGUGUAUUUCAUAUCAUAUGUGGAUUCUAAAAUUGGCUGUGUAGUACUUCCUUUUAUUGCUCAAGUUAUUACUAAAAUAUUUACAUACAAAUAGCUUUUUCUAAAAGUCUAGCUGUUCUAGUCAGCCAUUUUAUAACCCAGAGUCCUAUGGCGUAACUGUUCGCACAGAGAUCAAUUUUGGAAUGUCAUUCAAGGCAGGGACUUGUCAAAUGACUUGUUUUUUUGAGGUCCCCUUUGGUUCUAUUUUCUGCAAUUCUGAGAAUUAGGCUGAUUUUAGUUUUCUAUGUGACUAUUUCUACUGUGGAUUAAGGGAGAAAACACCUACUUUUUGUAGAUAGUAUUUUAUUACUUGGCAUGGGGCCAGAUGGUGUUACUUUUCUUAAGAGAAAAUGGUGUAUGAUCCCUCUUAUCCUUGGAUCUCGGACUCCAAUCCUUAGACCUUCCCCCAGGUAUGACAGUCGUCUGCAAGUCUACUGCAAUGCUUUUAAACUUAUUCUUAAGGCUUGGGCCUGCUGCGCUUCUUUUUCUUUGUAUUACAGCUAUAGCAGGUUCACUGCUGGUAAGCACUUAAUGGGCUGUUAAUAUACACUGGCAUUUGAAGCAGUCUUCUGUAGACUUUGGGCCAGGGUUUGAAUUGUGUGGAUAAAAAUACAGCUGGUCUGUAUUGGCAUUGCGUUACUCACUUGCUGUUGUAGGCAUUUGUAAGCCAAGUGCGAAGCCUUGGUCAAAUAUACAGUACUGAUGGCGCAGUGCUUUUAGCAUCUCCAAGGAAGUUAAAUGCUUUAGUAAGAAGUUGCAACAGUCCAUAUGUGAUUAAAAGGCCAAAGCUUCUAUUACUUUACUCAAAGACACAGUUUCGUACCGGAAGACAGAAAGGCUGCUCUCUCCCAGAUGAGCGUAGUGCAAAAUCCCAUCCUCUAACCAAAACAGCAGUUUGUGAUCUAGCUUUUAUAAGGAGCUGUUGUCUGUGGGGAAGGCAGUGAUCAGAAAGGCAGCCUCGCCAGGGUGUAGUUCAUCACU